UUUUAAGGAUAGGAUUAAUAUAUAUAUAUUUUGUUAACGUGGUUCCGUCCGAUCCCGUGAAAUUUCAGUCAGUGUCCUGCUCUCGCGUGAUUUUCAGUUAUGAAAUUCCUUGGGGAAGAGCUGAGCUGAGUGAAAUUUCACAGCAGUUUGGUAAAGCAUGCCCUGUGAUGUGAAGCCUCGGUUUCUGGUCCUGUAUGGGUCUCAGAAGGGCCAAGCUCAAUCCAUAGCAGAAGGAAUAGCUGAGGAAGCCGAGGAGCAGGGACUGGUUGCUGAUCUCAGCUGCUUGAAUGAGAAUGAGAAGUACAAUUUGGAGAAGGAGAAUGCCCCAGUGGUGUUUAUUGUGUCUACCACUGGAGAUGGGGAACCGCCAGACAAUACGCUACAGUUUGUAAAGCGCAUCAAGAAGAAGACCCUCUCCACUGACCACUAUAAACACCUUUGCUAUGCACUGUUAGCUUUAGGAGACACAAAUUAUGCAAAUUUCUGCAACUGUGGGAAGACAAUUGAACGUCGUCUACAGGAACUUGGAGCCAAACAAUUCUAUGCGACGGGAUAUGCAGAUGACGGUGUAGGCCUGGAAGUAGUCGUGGACCCCUGGCUUGAAGGACUGUGGAAUGCCAUCAAAGGAGCCUUAUCAAAAAUGGCUUCUGAUAGGACUGCUCACUUAAAAGCAAAUGCAGAGGAUUCAGCUAAAGAAACUCCUGAUUCAUCCGUACCAGAUGUCCAGAUAAACCUCUUAAGCAUCACUGACCAGAACUGCGAGUCAGUCGGAGCAGCUGUAGUAACGGACUCCAAAUUUGCAUCUGCUGCUUCAUCUUCAGCUUCUGUCGCUUCUGAUCUCAGGCCAGCUUCUCCUGCAGGGAGCCACGCAUUGGCAUCCCAGUGUCAUGACACUGCCAGCAUUCCUACAUCAGCACCACAACCACAGAGCGGGGAUGCUGGAGUUUCCCGUGUUGUACUGGCAGCCUCACUGAUAUGCUCCCUGCCUCCACUUUCUGAGUCCUCACUUAAUGUUCCUGCUCUGCCUCCUCCCUACUUAGAUGUCUCUCUUCAGGAGGUGGACACUAUAGAACAGAUUGUUGGACCCAUGAUCAAAGAGACUUUUCAUCAGGUGCCCAUAUCCAAAGCAGUCCAUCUAUCAAGAGGAGAUUCCGUCAAGACAGCCCUUCUCCUAGAACUCGACAUAUCUGCUUACCCAACAAUGACGUGUCAGCCAGGGGAUUCUUUUGAUGUGCUCUGCCCAAACAGAGCUGCAGAGGUGGACAACAUGCUCAUCAGACUGGGCCUUCAGGAACAAAGAAACCAGCACGUCAACAUUACUCUAAGAAAGGACACGAAGAAAAAAGGUGCCCAGGUGCCAGCUUACAUCCCGCAGAACAUUUCUUUGCUGUCCCUGCUCACAUGGUGUCUAGAGAUCAGAAGUGUUCCCAAGAAGGCAUUUCUGCGAGCGCUGGUGGAGCAUACGAGGGACAGUGUGCAGAGGAGGAGACUGCAGGAGCUCUGCAGUAAACAAGGUGCCGCAGACUACAACCUUUAUGUGAGAGACCCGAGCCUCAGCAUUUCGGAGCUUCUCGCAGCCUUCCCAUCCUGCUCACCUCCACUCAGCCUCCUCAUAGAGCAUUUGCCGAAACUGCAGCCCAGGCCUUAUUCAGCAGCCAGCUCCUGUCUUGCGCACCCAGGAAAGCUAAGUUUUGUCUUCAACGUGGUGGAGUUCCCAGCAUGCACUGGGCGGCCUGCGGGGAGGCGAGGCUUGUGUACCGGUUGGCUGUUUGACCUCAUCAAUCCUAGCCUGGUUCUCCCUGGGAAGGCUGAAUCCUCCAGCAGCCCGGCUCUGCCAAAGAUCCAUGUGAGUCUGCGACCCAACUGCACCUUUCGGCCUCCCUCUGACCCAUCGGUGCCCUUCAUAAUGGUCGGACCAGGCACCGGGGUCGCUCCAUUCGUCGGCUUUCUCCAGCAAAGAGCGGAGGAGAGACAAAGGAAGCCUGAGGCCGUAUUUGGCGAGACCUGGCUGUUCUUUGGUUGUCGCCACAGAGACAGAGACUACCUGUUCAGAGAGGAACUCGAGGGUUUCGUGUCCAGCGGUACUCUCAGCCACCUGAAGGUGUGUUUCUCCAGAGACGACAGGGGAGACGAGGAGUCCGCAGCCCCACAACCCAGAUACGUCCAACACAAUCUGCUGCUUAAUAGCCAACACGUCACUGAAAUCCUGCUCAGACAGAACGGUUACCUCUAUGUCUGCGGGGACGCAAAGAACAUGGCUAAAGACGUGAACGAGACCCUGAUUGAGAUGAUUAAAACGGAGCUUCAGGUGGACCAACUGGACGCCAUGAAGAGACUGGCAGGGCUUAGAGAGGAGAAGCGCUACUUACAGGACAUCUGGGGCUGACGGUGGAUGACGAGAUAAGGGCAUUUUGCAACAUCCGCUGGCCUUUCUUACGUCUCCCCCCCAAAAAAAUAAAAAAUCAGCAUGCUCAGCUGUAACCUCUAGAACCAUAAAAUUGUGGAUGCUGAAGCCUGAAGGUAGUUUACAGCACCCAACGCUACCAAGAUGGAAUGUACCUCUCUGACCCGGGGAUAUCGGUUCACUACAUCAUCUUUGGCUCUGCUGUUUGAACAGAAAUGACCUUGGUCAGGGCAGUAGUGCUGGAGAUUGGUCCUGCAGUGUGAAAAUGCUUUUAGUAUAGACAAGCCUUCUCUAUUUGUCCUUUCUCUGGGAAAGGCAUUUACUUCCAUCGGCUGUGAUGGAGUGAUUUUGAUGAGACAGAGCGUGGGAUAUCGCUCCAACCUAGAUGGAAACAACACAGUGCAAUCUGUAGUUCUUAAACGACACACAUGCAGGAAAUUGUUUAUUUUCAUUCAACGGAAAAAAGAAAUCAUCUUUUUUUUCACAAGUUAUGCGUUUUUAUAAUAUGCCAAACCCCCACUGCCUACUAAAUGCACCGCAGUUUGCCUCUGAAGUCAUAAUCAGUCAGAAUUUUCCCAUUAUUUUCUGUAAUUAACGUUUUGGAAAUGUAUCUCAGUUCCAAAAAUGACUGAUAUCAUCAUGAUUCUUAGCAAAAUAUUGCAGCUUUAGUUUUCUUUUUUAUCACAUUUUUUACAUAAUGACAGCAGGUUUUAAUGUAUUUGACAAUAAUUUAGAUCUGUGGCGAUGGAGUCAACAUUCGGUAGUUUAUCAUGACAGUGUGCUAAUGGUCAAGCACAGAAGGCGAGAAUCUCAGUGAUAACACGCAGCCUUGACCAGGGCAACUGAUCUAACUGACUUGGUUUCUGUCUGCGUCCACAGACCCAGCAGACUGCCACUUUAGAGACAAUGAACUCCCAACUUUCUCUAAGUCCUGCAAAACCAAGUAAAAUCUCUCGACACACAAGCAUCUGUGCUUUGUGUGAUCAGGAAUUAAAAGACGUUUCACAGUAAA